ACCAGGUGGAAUUCCACCUUUGAUGCGUUGAAGCAACUACAUGAGCUCCUGUCAACUGUGCCACUAAAAAUGCAUGCCAUAAUGGACCGCUGCUCCUUGUCCAGGAUCACAGCUGCUGAGAUUGAAGUGGUACAGGAAUACACAGAGAUUAUGGAGCCACUAGCCCAGUCCCUAGAUAUCCUGCAACGAGAGAACGGCAUGUUCAUGGGGUAUUUGCUACCAACGCUCUGCAAUCUGGACCGCAAGUUAGAAGGACUGGAAAACAAACCUGAGAGGUACACAUACUGUUUUCAGCUGCUGAGAGGUGUGCGCGAAGCCCUAAGAAAGUGGUUUGCAGCUAUCUGGGAGGACAAGAGGCUUCUUCUGGCAGCCUGCCUACACCCUCGCUUCAAACUAGAUUGGCUGGAAUCGUGUCAGGCCACCACCCAUACCAACAAAUACACAAUGGAAGCCUUGCUGAAAGCUGAAAUAAAGAUGGGUGUACUUAAUGAGGACAGUGAUCAGUCUUCAGAUAAAGACCAGGAAGGAGAUGACUUAGAAGAUGACUUCUUUAACUUUCUGCCCCAGGGCAAGAAGUCAGCAGUGGACACUGCGGAGGAGGAACUGGUGAGGUACCUGAGGUCUCCCAGCAGGGAAGUGUCAUCACUCCAUGGCUUUCCACGUGUGCUGCGGUGUUUUUUGCAGCACAACACAGGCAUGCCUUCAAGCGCCGCAGUAGAAUGCCUGUUCAGUACUGGUGGCAACGUAAUGACUGUAAAAAGACAUUCCUUGUCUGACAUGCUCUUUGAGCAUCUUGUUCUUUUGAGACAUAACAGAAACAUAUUAUAAAAGCAUUUCAAGUGUAAAAUUUGAUUUCAAGAG